AUGCCCAUGCCCCGCCGAUCAAAGAAAAAGCAGGCGCGCCUUGCCUUCGCGCCAAAAACUGCAGCUGCAUCCGCAGGUGACGGCAGCGGCAAUGAAGAGACAAGCGACCGUCAGGCUAGACUCUCAUAUGGUCAUCCUAGCAUGGCGGAAGUUCGAUCGCAAGGCUCUCGCAUCGGUGGCGCUGAACCGUCAAAGCGUCAUCGUCCUCUCCAACAAUAUCUGGAAGUGCAAAUCAGGACGCCAAAAAAAGCAGAGAGAAAGGAGCAACCACAGCCGGUAGUGUCAGAUUCAUCCGAUGACGAUAUAGUCGUCCUGAGUUCGCAUAAGAGAAAACGACCUACACUGCCCGCAAUCGCCGAACCUGAGGAUAUGGAUAUGGAUAUGGAUAUGGAAACCCCCCGCGCCCGUCGCUUGAAGCGCAAGGCUGAUAACAAUCCGAUUGUUUUGAGUGAUUCUGAUGAGCCGCUGGUUUCAUCGCCAGUGAAGAGAUUACGACGUGGACCGAAACGCGAUUCUGAACCAAGCGAUUCCGACAAGCCACUGGUUUCAUCGCCGGUAAAACGACUACAACGCGGCUCGAAAACACAAUCACAUCAAACACCCGGCGCUCACCAUAACAAAGACCAGGACCAGGAAGAGAUCGAUGAGGAUGCGAAAGACCUCCAGGACUCAGUUGUGAAAAAUUCCCGAACGCGUGGCCAUAUUGCUGGCUCGGCGAAAGAUCAGCGACAAAAAUACCUAGAAGCUCUUCGUCGCAAGCGCGCGGGGAUAAAAGAAGACAGCGACUCAGAUGCAACUGCCCGAGGAGAAACAUCCGCCACGGAAUUAUCUGAUGACGACGGUGACCGACAAUUCAAUGGUGAUGAAGACCUGGAUCAAUAUGAUGAUGACUUCGUGCUCGACGACGAUGCGACCGCACUUGGAGUUCCUACGGAGCUUCCUUUUGAAUUCACUCGCCACGCCUACAAGAAAUUGAAGGAAUACUUCGAAGACGUUGUGUGCUGGAUGGUCCACAAUAGUAUUGAUCCUGCAUUUCCUCGUUCGGAUCCAAUGUAUGAGAUGGCUUUCAAUAAGCUUGAAGAUGAAGUGAAAGGGCGAACCGGCUCUCAGUUUAUGUCCUCUGUGUGGGACGUUGCCUUUCGACGGGCACUACUUGCUCGGCCUGGUCUCGAGAUUGCUGCGUAUCCAACCGACAUGGGACAUUCGUGCGAUGCUUGCAAGCGUUCUGGACAUCCUGCUUCGAGCGAUUUGAGAUUCUCUGGGAAACCGUACUCUUUGGAGACUUUAGAACCCCUGAGUGAAGAUAGCGAGACAUCUGCGACAUCUGGGGGCGAUGAAAGCUCUGACGAAGAGGAAAAGGGGAUGGAUCGAGACAGAGAUGGUCAUAUUUUGCCCGAGGACGGUAGGAGCUUCUAUCUCGGAAAAACGUGCAAAGCCAAUGCUCAGAGUGCACAUACUUUAUACCACUGGCGAUACCAUCUCAACGAGUGGGUUGUCGAUCAUCUCCAGCGCAUGGGACAUAUGGAUGAUGACGAAGUCUUGCGCCGGAACAAAAUGAAGCAGAAGCAUAAGACGCGCAAUGCCAUUGAGGUUAUAAAGACGAUGAAAGAAAACAAUGAGAUCGAAAAGCUCUGGCGCGACUUUCAUACUAAUCUCAAAGUGGCUCGAGAAGAGCAGAAUCAUCCUGCUCGGACUGGUCGUUUCUAG